AUGGCUAAGCGCUGGAUGUUGUUCUGUUUCGCUGGGAUUUUCUUCUCAGCAAUUUUGUCCUUGAAUGUUUUGGCCCGUACAGAUGAUCUUGAUGUCCAAGUACUUCGAUCAAUGUAUAAUGCCCUGAAUAGGCCGCCACAGUUGAAGGGUUGGAAAUCAGAAGGUGGUGAUCCAUGUGAUGAAUCAUGGGAGGGAAUUUCCUGCACUGGUUCAUCAGUAAUCUUCGUCAACCUACAUGGACUAGAGCUUACUGGUAAUCUUGGUCUGGAGCUCUUCAACUUACGUAGCUUGAAGCAGCUGGACGUUAGCUCAAAUAACAUUCAGGGUGAGAUCCCACUCGGUUUACCUAUUAAUCUCACUCACCUGAAUUUGGCUAACAACAACUUCAGUCAAAACAUUCCCGUCUCUUUGUCUUACAUGAGGCAUCUCCGGCAUCUGAAUCUGAGCCACAAUGCCUUAUCGGGAGUAUUGGGAGAUGUCUUUACUGACCUUGAAAAGCUGAUAGAGAUGGAUUUGUCAUACAAUAAGUUCAGUGGAGAUCUACCUAGUUCUUUUGGAUCUUUGGCAAAUCUUACAAGAUUAUAUUUGCAGGGAAAUGAAUUUACUGGAUCUGUAGUAUAUUUGGCUGACCUCCCACUCUCAGAUUUGAAUAUUGAGGACAACCACUUUAGUGGUGUUAUCCCGGAAAAAUUUCAAUCUAUAAACAACUUAUGGUUUGGUGGCAAUAGAUUUGACAGUGGAAAAAAUUACCCAUACGCUCCCUGGAAGUAUCCUUUUGAGGAUUUUCCAAAUGAGCAGAGUAUAACUGGUCCACCAACUCAAGAAUCCAGUGCCAUAGAAAGUUAUCCUACUCACAAAGUAGGAGGACAUAAAAGAAGAAGACUGGGUUCGAGUAAAAUCGGUUUUCUGGUUGGUGGUGGCACACUGGUGGCAUUCUGCGCGGCACUUGCUUUGGUGGUUCGCAUUCGCCGAGCUCAGAAUCAAAAGCUCAGGAGCAUAGGGAGCAGUCGGCAUUCUCUGAAUUCUCUUGCAUUUAGUACAAGCGGAGAGUUUUCUUCCACAGCCGCUGAGGGUAGCCCGCACCUAUCAAUACUUAGCUCUUCUUCAGGAAUCAAAUCCUUGCAUUUACCUCCCAUUCGUAGCAAACCAAUGAAAGUCUCCAGAAGAAGUUUUUCCAAGACGAGCAAAGUCCCGAUAAGUGCAAAACGCUACACUGUGGCAGAGCUUCAACUAGCAACAAACAGCUUCAGUGAGGAAAACCUUCUUGGAUGGGGAUCCCUUGGCUCUGUUUAUAGCGCAAAGUUGCCUGAUGGAGAGUUGUUGGCAGUCAAGAACAUUAGCACUGUAGAAUUGUCUCUUCAUGAAGAAGAACAAUUCUUGAAUGUUGUAAGGAAUGCUUCCAGAUUGAGACAUCCUAACAUUGUAACACUCCUUGGCUACUGUAUGGAGCAUGGACAGCAUCUCCUUGUCUAUGAGUCUGUUAGGAAUUUGUCACUUGACGAUGCCUUGCAUUGUACUGAGUACACACCGCUAUCUUGGGAUCUUCGUCUACGAAUUGCUCUUGGUGUAGCUCGGGGGGUGAAUUACCUGCAUUCCUCCUGCGAACCUCCAGUUGCCCACAGCAAUUUGAAAGCAGCCAAUGUCUUACUUGAUGAAGAUCUGAGGCCUCGCAUUUGCGACUCUGGCCUGGCUAUCUUGAGACCCCUCUCAAGCAACAGUGUAAAACUCAAGGCUUCGGAAAUGGCUAUUGCUGAUAGUGGCUACAUUGCGACUGAAGAUGUUUACAUUGGAAUGAAUAACUUGAAGGCUGAUGUCUAUGCCUUCGGUGUGUUGCUUUUAGAGCUUUUAACAGGAAGGCCAUCUUUUGACAGUUCAAAACCAACAGAAGAGCAGUUCCUAGUCCAGUGGGCUUCAAGGAGGCUUCAUGAUAGUGAUUACCUGGCUGGAAUGGUUGAUCCAGCAAUCAAAACAUCAAUCUCCCCCCAGGAUCUUUCUCGUUUUGCUGACAUCGUCUCCCUCUGUGUCCAGCCUGUGAGGGAAUUUCGUGCAACAAUGUCUGAAGUUGUGGAGUCACUGUUAGUUUUUAUACAAAAGCCUGCCCCAGGAAUAGGAACAGACACAGCAGAUGGUGAAGGUGACCCCUGCAAUCGAUCAUUCCGCUCCACGAACUCGCGCUUUUUUGGAUCACCAACACUGAGCUACUAUUCCAUUUGAUCUUGAAAUUUGAUUUCUUGAUCUCCGAAGUUCUUUGCCGACUUUAUGCAUUUUAGCCGAAAAGGUUUAAUAUCUCAGCUCUGUAUGGUUAACCUCGCGAAAUUCUACAAAAUGCUCCCACAGAUCUCAAAGAGAUGAAUUUUCUGUUCGCCAUUCAAACUUCUGGAUCAUUUCUACAAUGAAGUUUUCCAUUCACUCUACUGCAUCAAUCCUUCUUUUUGACUGCGAAGUCCUUUACCCAUUUUGCUGAUUGUGUUCGGUGAUAUGCAGCUUGUUGAACAUAUCCUGUACCAUGACAGCAGUAGGCACAGAAUCAGGUUUAGCAUCUUUGUUUCCUGUUCAUUACAGAUGAAGUGAACAUAAUCUGAGUAUUAAUGAAAUACAUUCGUUGUUAUGAGGAACUCUACAUUUAUUCUAUCUCAAAGUUAAGUUCAAUAAAAUGUUGAGAAGCUACCUGCAAAGUAGCAUCUCGCUAGAAAAUAGUCUCGGUAAAAUCACAAGUAAAUGCAAAACAUCAAACAACAACAAUCCUUGCUAACAGAGCAUAUUAUACCUUAUUGAGGUAUACACUUUGUAAAAUCUCCUUUUCCUUUACAUGGCCCAAAGGAGAGAGACCUGUAUUCCAGUUAAAACUGGAACUAGAGUGCUAUCAAAUACAACAUUCAUGCAGGAUUGAAAUAAGACAGCAGAUGUUGGUAACAUCCCAAAGAGUGCAGAAUACAGAAACAUAGGUCCGUGUAUUAACAAGGCUGCUCAAGU